AUGUCGGUUAUGAGCGCGCUACCGUUCCUGAAGCCUCUCCACACCCCGGUGCUGCCCGGGCGCCAGCGGCGACACACCCUGCCGGCCAGCGAGUUCCGAUCCCUAAAUACCGAGGAUGCAAUCAGUGUGUUCGAGAUCGAGAGAGAGGCAUUUAUCUCUGUGUCCGGUGAGUGCCCACUACACCUGGACGAGGUGCGCCACUUCCUCACACUGUGCCCUGAGCUCUCCCUCGGCUGGUUUGUGGAGGGUCGGCUGGUCGCCUUCAUCAUCGGCUCACUGUGGGACCAGGAGCGCCUCACCAAUGAAGCCCUAACUCUACACAAGCCAAAUGGAACAACAGUCCACAUCCAUGUCCUUGCCGUGCACCGUACCUUCCGACAGCAGGGCCGUGGCUCCAUCCUGAUGUGGCGCUACCUGCAGUACCUGCGCUGCCUACCAUACGUGCGCCGUGCCGUCCUCAUGUGUGAGGACUUCCUCGUACCCUUCUACCAGAAGUCCGGUUUUAAGGUGCAGGGCCCUUGUGAGAUCACAGUGGGGCCACUGACCUUCAUGGAGAUGCACUACGCUGUCCGUGGGCACGCCUUCAUGCGCCGUAACAGCGGCUGCUGA